CUGAGUGGAGUGGAGUAGAGUCGAGUCUCUCUGGCACUCGAGCGACGCAGCGCCCAGCCGAUGCCGGAGCUUCUCGCACCUUGGACGCGUUCGCGAGUUCGCAGGGAUACAACCAAACCGAAUGGAGAAGUCCUGAUGAUUGAGUUCUAUCCUUGAUGGAUUGGCUCUGAAAGAGUAGACCGACUGGGGGAAAAACCAGCAAUGGCCGCCCACCGCAUCAGAGUGACAAGCAACAACAACAUUCUCCCCCGCUGCAAGUCUGAGGGAACACUGAUUGACCUCAGCGAAGGGGUGUCGGAGGCCAGCCUUACUGAUGUCAAAGUGCCUUCUCCCAGUGCCUUAAGACUUGACACCUCCACCUCCUUUGGGACUGCACGAGAAGUUAUUGCUAUUAAGGAUUACUGUCCAUCCAGCUUCAGCACCUUAAAGUUCACCAAGGGUGACCAUCUCUUUGUGCUGGACACAUCAGGAGGAGAUUGGUGGUAUGCCCAUAACAACACAGAGAUGGGUUAUAUUCCUGCUGCUUAUGUUCAGCCAAUCAACUACCGGAACUCCUCCUUCAGUGACAGUGGGAUGUUUGACAAUCUCGGGGAUUGUUCUGAUGAGGGGGCCAAGGAGCUGGACCUUCUUGGGGAGUGGACUGAUUUAGGCCUAAGGCCCAAUAUGCCUUAUGAUGGCAAUCCUUUUAUCAAUCGUUCCUCAACCAACCCCUUCCUCUCUGGGGCUCCACAGGGCCUGCUGGAUCAGAACAGCAAUGAAAAAUCCUUGAAUAACAGCAUAGACCUGUUGCUCUUUGAUACUCCAGCACCUUCCAUGCCAAACUCUUCUGCUGGCAUACCUGUCACACCUAAUGGCUUUUACAACAGUGUCUUUGACAGGACCCCCAUCAGUCCAGGUCUUGAAUUCACACAGUCACUCCAGAGAGACAAUCCAUUUUUUAGAAGCAAACGAUCCUACAGUCUGUCAGAGCUUUCCAUCCUGCAAGCCCAAUCCGGUGGUCCAGUGGCCUCUUCUGGAUUCUUCACUGGCUUGAAAGCUCCAUGCCCUGAGCAGUUUCAGAGCAGGGAGGACUUCAGGACUGCAUGGUUGAACCACAGAAAGUUGGCAAGAUCUUGCCAUGACCUGGACUCCCUAGGCCAGAAUCCUGGCUGGGGCCAGACACAACCUGUGGAGACUAACAUUGUGUGCAAGUUGGAUAGCUCUGGUGGGGCUGUCCAGCUGCCAGACACCUGCAUAAGUAUUCUUGUUCCUAAAGGACAUGUAGCCCCAGGGGACACCCAGCAGAUAUCCAUAAAGGCCUUGCUAGACCUCCCUUUGGAACUCAACAAUGACAAGUGUUCUACUGUGAGCCCAGUGGUGGAGAUUAAACUCAGCAAUAUGGAGAUAAAGACCUUUAUCACCCUGGAGAUGAAGGUAUCUGUCGUGGUAAAGAAAGAGAGCCAGCAGGCAGCAGAGGUGAUAUGUGUUCGCAGUGACUUCAAGGAAGGCCCUUAUGUCCCAAUCACCCAGACCUACUUUUACGGGGACACAGUUCAAGUCCAGCUGGACAACCUGGAGCCCUGCAUGUAUGUGGCUGCAGUGGUGCAAGCCCAGCAUACUUCCCAGAAUUCGACAGUUUGGGACCAUAUGGUCAGAAAGGUCACAUUGGGAGUGUAUGGGCCAAAGCAUAUCCACCCUUCCUUUAAGACUGUUGUGGCUAUUUUUGGACAUGAUUGCGCUCCAAAAACAUUGCUGGUGAAUGAGGUUGGGAAGCAGGCUAAUGCCACCCCUCCAGUAGCUCUGCAGCUGUGGGGGAAGCACCAGUUCAUCCUGACAAAACCACAGGACUUACAAGUCGGUGUUUACUCUAACAUGUCUAACUAUGAGGUAAAGGCUAAGGAACAGGCAAGAGUUGUGCGGGGUUUCCAGAUCAAACUGGGCAAGGUGAGCCGCCUCAUUUACUUGAUCUCAUCUCGCAAUGUGGAUGAAAUCUCUGACUUCACCUUAAGGGUUCAAGUGAAAGAUGACCAGGACUGCAUCUUGGCCCAGUUCUGUGUACAAACACCGCAACCCCCACCUAAAACAGGUGUGCGGUCCACAGGUCAAAGGAGGUUUUUAAAGAAGAAAGAAGUUGGCAAAAUUAUUCUAUCACCUCUGGCUAUCACCACCAAAUACCCAACUUUUCAAGAACGUUGUGUCUCCAACUUAAAAUACGGGAAGUUGCUCAAGACUGUGAUCAGGCAAACCAAAAACCAGUACCUCCUGGAAUACAAGAAAGGGGACAUAAUAGCACUCCUGAGUGAGGAGAAAAUUAAGCUCAAAGGACAGCUGUGGACUAAAGAGUGGUACAUUGGAUAUUAUCAAGGAAAGACUGGACUUGUCCAUGCAAAAAAUGUUUUGAUCAUAGGAAAGGUCAAGCCAAUUUAUUUUUGUGGUCCAGACCUCACCACCACUGUGUUACUUGAUCAGAUCUUAAAGCCUUGCAAGUUUCUCACCUAUAUUUAUGCCUCCGUGAGAACAGUACUGAUGGAGAACAUAGGGAACUGGAGGGCAUUUGCUGAUGCUCUUGGCUACAGCAAUCUACCUUUGACGUACUUCUGUCGAGCAGACCUGGACAGUGAGCCAGAAAGGGUGGCCUCUGUUUUGGAAAAGCUCAAGGAGGAUUGUAACAAUGUGGAAAGCAAGGAGAAGAAGUCUUUUCAGAAGGAGCUCAUGGCUGCCCUGCUGAAGAUGGAUUGCCAGGGAUUGGUGGCCCGACUCAUUAUGGAUUUUGUGCUGCUGACCACGGCCGUUGAGGUGGCUCCGCGGUGGAGGGAGCUGGCUGAGAAGCUGGCCCGUGUGUCCAGGCAGCAAAUGGAUGCCUAUGAGGCCCCACACCGAGACAAGAAUGGAGUGGUGGAUAGUGAUGUGAGUACCAGCCCAGCUAUGUGGAAGCCAGCCUACGACUUCCUGCUGACAUGGGCAGCCCAGAUUGGGGACAGCUAUAGAGAUGUGAUCCAGGAGUUGCACAUGGGGCUGGACAAGAUGAAGAACCCCAUCACCAAGCGCUGGAAGCACCUAACAGGCACACUCAUCCUGGUCAACUGCCUCGAUAUGCUCCGGAGCUCUGCCUUUAGCCCUGCUGCACAGGAUGACUUUGCCAUCUAAGCCCCUUCACCACUACACCACUAGUCAUCAGGAUAACUGUGACAACCCAUUCCUUCUCUCAGUCCUGAUUCCAGACUAGAGAUGCUGUUUGACAGUCAUAGCCAAAACAGUCACAUACUGUCAGUAUUUCAUCCCCUUUUUCAGUAGUAUUUUUCUGGGGUCCCUCAAUGUAUAAUUUUUUACUCCCAAAUCGCACAAGGCUUCUUUUGGUACCACUAGUUUUUAAACAUAUGCUGAAAAAGAGGAGAUUAAUAAAAGUAAAAAAAGAAAUGUCACCUGUCCUAAUAUGUUUAUGAGCAUUGAACUUUAAUAACGCAGUGCUUCGGUGGUGUUCAGCUGUGGACUUUUUUCUUAAAAUAAAUUCAUCUGGCAUUAACAGAAUGGACAUUUUCCAAAAAUGAGAUUAUAUCUUUAAGCAGCAAGGGGACACGUACAGACUCUGACAGUUGUUUUUACAACAUAAGGACUAUUUUUUUUUUCUUCCUGCAGCUCCUCUUCUCCAAAAGAUUCCUGGAUUUAGUCAGGUGUUGCCUCACUUUUCUCCAGUUUGGCAUUCUUUUUACAAAUGUGUUUUUAUAUGUUUUAUACGGCAUUGUGUCGAAAAACAAGUAAGGAUUUUUCACCUUUUUGUACCCUAAAUAUUAUUGUAAUUGUAUUUAAUAUACCUUCUGUCUGUCAUUGCAAUGCCAACUAUAAAUCAUAAUUGAUCAUUCGUCUGAAAGCUUAUGAGUAAUUUUUUUUUCUCAUCACAGUGCUGAAUGCUGUUAUGCUCAGUGCACAAAAAUGUCCAUUAUCUUAUGACUUGUUAAAUUUUUUUGAGGAAAACCUAUGUAAAUAUUUGUUUGAAAAGUUUUGUUUGGUAUAACUGAUUUACUGUUUUCUAUUGAAUGUUAUUUAGGGGAAUGGCCUCACUCCAUCACCUGGAUUGUUUUAAAGCCCACUCUGUUCUUUGACUGUUACUUAAUGUCACAUGUUUAGGUCACAAUGUUUGCCAUUCUUUUUCUAUAGAACACUACUUCAAAAAAGAAAAAAACCUAGGAACAAAUCAGUGGGUCAAACUUUUCUGUAUUUCAUUGUCAUGAAUUUAAUAA